UUCUAAUGUGAAUGUACCUUUGUAUCGAGAUUCUAACCUAUUCUAACCUGUAUGUACAUGUCGCGCGAAAAGCAACAUGCUUGGAUAGAUUAAUAUGUUAAAACAAGACGUAUCAACAUUGAUGUACCCUGUAAUUAACUAAAUUAUAUCUGUAAAACUUGUGAAUAAAUAAAAAAUGAAGCAUGAACGUAAAGCAAUUAUCGAAAGCGUGAUUGUGCAACCAAACAAAAUUCAGCCAAUUAUUGUGAAUUUUCAAAAUGGUGAGCUUAAGGAUGAAGAAGUUAAGGAAAUGUCAUGUGGCUUGUACCGAGAUCAGAAGAAUGACAAAACUGUAUUAGCUUUAUCAAAUGGUCACAUUGUUUACAAAGGUCAUAGGCCAGAUUGUAAGAAGGAGUCGACACGGACGAUGCUAGUACUUCACAAUAAGAAGACAGGCAAAGUACGAUUAUUUGAAGCUGAGCGGUGGCAAGUAACUCCAGUACUUGAAAAACCUGAUGUUGAGGAUAAUAAAAAUGAUGUAGAUGAAAAGAUUAUUAUAUUAAACAAACAAUUUGGAUCCAAAAAAGUUAAACGUAGAACUGAACAAUUUGAAAAGCUAAAAGUGAACGUUGACUCCGUUAAAGAGCAACUUGAAAAAACUGUAUCAAAUGUUGAAAUUGACAGAUUAGACUUAUCGACUCAGUUACAAUCUGAGGAAUGUACCUCGAGUGAAAUACUGCCCGUGUGCAACAGGAAUGCGAAUAAUGUCAAAGAUGUGUACAACAUAUAUGAUAUUAUUCCAAAGAGUAAAUUGGAAACAUUAUAUGAGCAUGCAAUGGAAGUACUCAACGGAGAUGUAGAAGGAAAAGGAACAUUUUUCAAACGCACUUUAAAAACUAUACAAUCAGAUCCAGACAAUGUGAAUAAGGUUGCCCUUUUACUCUACAUUGAAAUGGUUAAUGUAUGGUUUUCCAUGCCAUUGAAAAACGCGAAGAAACGUGAUGUUAUCAUAUGUUCGGUUUCCGAGGAAGUGAAUCAACAUAUAAUUGAUACAUACAGUAUACCAAGUGCGAAUGGACGACUGAGACCAAACAGCAUGAAAGACAAAGGUCUUGUGCAUUGCUUGAUUCUCGCACUCACAAUAUCGAACUUUGUGUUAGACUUGGAAUCAUUUCGAGUUAUGCUGGAAUUGCGGACAAGUUUAAAGAAAUUGACAGAUCUCGCGAAAAUCAUCGGGGCGACAGCCUCCAAAGAUGAUAAGAAGGUCAUCAUGCUUAAAGUUCCAUUGCCACCACCAGUGUCUCUUGUAAAAAAAGGAAAGAAAAAAUUGAAAAUUAAUCAGUAACUUUAUUAAACUAUAAAUUAUUUUAAUG